CCAACACAGUCACCACCACCACCAGGAAGCAUGGGGAGGAAGAAGAUUCAGAUCCAACGGAUCACCGACGAGAGGAACCGACAGGUGAGACUGAGAUGUGGCUGUGUCUCCAAAGUCUGUACCAGGGCCUUAUUAUUUAUUAUUAUUAUUAGUCAACUCCUUAUAAAAUAGGUGAGAAAGAUGUGGCCUUGUCUCUUUUGAAUACUGAAAAAAAUGCAUCCUUCCAUCGUCCCAAUCCAAUCAUACCCAGGCUGGCCCAUAUACCGUACUGUAUGUGUUAGUCCACCAAGGCCCAUUUGUCACCAUGGGCCAGAUUCACUGUUUGUACCGGUACAAAGUACGCACCUGUUGAAAUAAAUGGACCAAAAACGGUCUAACAUAACUGAAGAGAAGGAAAAAGAGCUUACGGUUAAUAAGACUAUAACGAUUUUAAUUUUUUUCCUUCUAAAAAGAACAGGUGCAAAUUAGGCUUGGGCUGUAUACCGGUGUAUUUGGAAAUAGCCACGGGAUGGUUUUUCAAUACCGUCAAUACUGUUGAAACUAUUUCUUUGAAGUUUUUCUAUUCAUGUUAAUAUUUAUAGCUACUUUUUAAGUAAAUACCUGAAGUCAACUUGUGCAAUAUAUUAGAAGAUAAAGCAGAUUGCGUUCUUCAAUUCACCUGUCACAUUAUUUAACAUUAUGAAGCUUACCGUAGGGUUAGGGUUAGAACAGCUGAGCCAGUCACGUGUUUGUUUGUAAAAAAGCACAACUGGAGAAAGCGGGAGCAGGUGAGUCACGCUGUGUAUUGACAGGGGUCGCGUUUUACAUUGGAAGUCGUGUUUUUUGCUUCAAUAGUGAUCAGGGAAGACGUGAAACUAUAGUUUCCCUUCUCAGAAAAUACAUUAGUGCAACACAUUCGGCAGAAAAUAGCUUCAUUUUCAUCAGAUAACAGAAGUGCAACACUGGCCUCCCGAGUGGUUCAGCGGCCUAAGGCACUGAUUCACACAGUCUCCUCUGAACAGUUGAUGUUGAGAUGUGUCUGUUACUUGAACUCUGUGAAGCAUUUAUUUGGGCUGCAAUUUCUGAGGCUGGUAACUCUAAUGAACUUAUCCUCUGCAGCAGAGGUAACUCUGGGUCUUCCAUUCCUGUGGCGUUCCUCAUGAGAGCCAGUUUCAUCAUAGCGCUUGAUGGUUUUGAGACUGCACUUGAAGAAACCUUCAAAGUUCUUGAAAUUUUCCGGAUUGACUGACCUUCAUGUCUUAAAGUAAUGAUGGACUGUCGUUUCUCUUUGUUUAUUUGAGCUGUUCUUGCCAUAAUAUGGACUUGGUCUUUUACCAAAUAAGGCUAUCCUCUGUAUAGCCCCCUACCUUGUCACAACACAACUGAUUGGCUCAAACGCAUUAAGAAGGAAAGAAAUUCCACAAAUUAACUUUUAAGAAGGCACACCUGUUAAUUGAAAUGCAUUCCAGGUGACUACCUCAUAAAGCUGGUUGAGAGAAUGCCAAGAGUGUGCAAAGCUGUCAUCAAGGCAAAGGGUGGCUAGGGGCUAGGGUGGGCUCCCGAGUGGCGCAGCGGUCUAAGGCACUGCAUCUCAGUGCUUGAGGCGUCACUACAGACCCCCUGGUUCGAUUCCAGGCUGUAUCACAACCGGCCGUGAUUGGGAGUCCCAUAGGGUGGCACACAAUUGGCCCAGCAUCGUCCGGGUUUGGCCGGUGUAGGCCGUCAUUGUAAAUAAUAAUUUGUUCUUAACUGACUUGCCUAGUUAAAUAAAAGGUAAAAUUAAAAUUUUGAAGAAUCUCAAAUAUAAAAUAUAUUUUAAUUUGUUUAACACUUUUUACUACAUGAUUCCAUAUGUGUUAUUUAAUAGUUUUGAUGUCUUCACUAUUAUUAUACAAUGUAAAAAAUAGUAUAAAUAAAUAAAAACCCUUGAAUGACUAAUAGUGUGUGUAUACUGGACUGUCUGUCUGUGCGUUUUUUGUUGUUGUUCGCUCUCGUUAGCAUUUAUAGCUAGCAGCCUCCAUGGAAAUGAGCUAUUACUUGUGCUAAUUUUGUUUGCAUUCUGGUAAUGGAGGCCUAAUGGGCUUGAGUUUUUGGCGCCCCCUUGUGUACUAAGCUAAGUACUGUAAAUCUCGGGAUGAGCGGAAAAUUUGGAUACCGCCCAACCCUAGUGCAAAUGUAUAUAUUUCCCUAUGUUAGUGUCACUGUGCCCAUUAAUGAACAUCGUAUCAGUGCACAGAGGUUAAACCAAAAUGGAGUCAAUCAGAUCACACACAGCUCUGCGGACAUCUGCUCCAGAUAAAUCAAUCCGCCCACAGCAGCUGCAGGCCAGUGGACACAGUCAUAUCAGGGACAGAAGUUACUGGUGUGUGUGUUGCGUGUGUGUGUGUUGCGCGUGUGUGUUUUUUGAAAGGGUAAAAGUGUGUGAGUGGGAUUGUGGCCGAGUGUAGGGGUGUGUCUGUGUGCUACUGUUUUGGGAAAAAUGUGCAGCUGUACUGUAUGUGCAAGUGAGUUUCUCAUUUUCAAGGAGUCGUCUGUUACUGUCUGCUUCUUGUUCACAAAUAGAUAUAGAGUUACCAAUCACCACCCUGCUAUUUGACAGAUGUUCCUAUUAGAAUCAUUUAUUUGUCAUGAAUGGUUAAACAUUUAAUAUAAUCUUUGUAGUUGUACAUCAGCAAAAUACAUAAAAUAGGUACAAGGCUGUGGUCGGUUUGUCGGCUAUUCAGUGACAAAGAUGUUCCUUAUUCACAUUCCUACUAUAAUAACAACUGUUAUUGCCUCAGGUAAUUCAGAAAUGUACACACAACAUAGAUACAGGAAAAUGCAUAAUUGGUGACCAAAGGUCACAUAUCACUACAGUAGCAUUGCAUAAUAGCAUAUUACGAAAGCAUAACCUCAGAUGUUACACCCUUUCUCCUCUAUUACUCGUGUGUGCGUGCUUGCGUGUGCGUUUGUGUCGUAUGUGUGUGAAGAUCCUCUAUAUCUAAAGGGGGUUAUUCUGAAGAUAGGAUAUUAAAGGCCCUUAUCAGUUUUAUCAUCAAAUCAUCUCAUGUGGAUGUUCAGGGAUUUGAGAAACAGGGAAGGAGAGUUGGGAAAAAGAGAAGAUUGGGAUUAGUUGGCAAAGCUGGGUCAUGUUCGUUCGUUCGUUCGUUCGUUCGUUCAGCACAAAACAGAAGAAAACAGUCUGAAAUGGAGGUAGAUGUUUUUCGUGGCACAAUGUUUUGAAGCAUUUUGCUACAGUGUGCCCUAACGAAAACGUCACUGAAGAACCUGACGGUGGCACCAAUUAAAUUAAUUGCAGAUAAAGGAAACCCGCACUGCCGGUUCGCUCAGAUUUUUUAAUACUGAGUUGGACGUGUUAAUUACAUUUGACAUUUUAGUCAUUUAGCAGACGCUCUUAUCCAGAGCGACUUACAGUUAGUGAGUGCAUACAUUUUUCAUACCUGCCCCCCGUGGGAAACGAACCCACAACCCUGGCGUUUCAAGCGCCAUGCUCUACCAACUGAGCUACAGGGGACAUUAAUUUACACUUUCUACAGACACACCACAACUCAAACUCAUUUUCAUGCCUUCCUUUCCUCAACCUCUGCAAUCUCUUCCCACCGCCAUCCAUUAAGUUAUUAUGUAAAGCACUUUGUGACAAUGCUGAUUAUUUAUUCUCUUUUUUUCAAUCUCCUCCCAUCCAGGUGACGUUCACCAAGAGGAAGUUUGGCCUGAUGAAGAAGGCAUACGAGCUGAGCGUGCUGUGUGACUGUGAGAUCGCCCUCAUCAUCUUCAACCACUCCAACAAGCUGUUCCAGUACGCCAGCACCGACAUGGACAAGGUGCUGCUCAAGUACACAGAGUACAACGAGCCCCACGAGAGCCGGACCAACGCUGACAUCAUCGAGGUGAAGCAAGUAGAAAGGGCUAUCAGCCUCUAACCAUACCACUUUUGCUUGAGCCUGCCUGGAAUACCAGGUGGGCAGGGUUUGCGCUUUUGUGACAUUUUCCAUUGGUCCCACUGCGCCAGGCAAGCUCAAUCACGCACAGUUAACCGUUUUGAACCCAGGUCUGGGCAGAACAAUGAACUGUAUUUGCAGCCACAGUGUCGUGUCGCCUCUCUGUAGCCUCCAGUGUUGUGGAAUACAAAAAGAGGCCAGAGAGGGAAUGGGAAUGUUGCCUCAGAACUGAGCUGUGUGUCUUCUUGCCAGAUCCGGAAGUCUGAUCCAGACACAUUCAGCCAUACAGCUCGUGUGUACUUGUUCAUAUUCAGCCAGACUGACCUCCACCUCACGUGUCAUCCUUUCUUCUCAUCUCCCUCCACUCUUUUUCUCCCUGUCGUCACAGACGUUACGAAAGAAAGGCUUCAGCGGUUGCGAAAGUCCCGAGCCAGACGGAGAGGACUCCAUUGACCAGAGCCCCCUGAACGACGACAAAUACCGCAAGACUACCGAAGACCUAGACAUCCUCUUCAAGCGCUACGCCGUAAGUGUAAGUAUCUCCCCCAAUCUUAAAACCCCUUGCCCUUAGUUUGCCACUAUCCCUUAGUACGGGUGCUAGUACUGGGAUAGGUCAAAUAAGUGCACUGGAUGGUGGUACUCAAAUAGAGGUUUGAGGAACACUGGUGGAAGCUCCCCUUCACCUAGAGCAGUUUGAUACUGCUAUUCUUCCAUUGUCUGCUUAUCAAACAUCAAGAGACCUGAAACAUGGUUGAAAAGUGCUAACUGUCAAUUCUCUCUCCCUCAUCUCUUUCAGUCAUCGGUCCCGCCCCCCACAUUCUCCAUGCCCGUCACCGUCCAGGCCUCUAAUCAGAACACAUUGCAGUUCAGUAACCCUGGCAAUGCCAUGGUGACCACCUCCUACGUGACGUCGUCAUCGCUCUCUGACAACCACCACCUGUCACCCCAGCAACGCCAGCAACCAGCGCUCCAGAGAAACACAGUAUCUCCCGGGUUGCCACAGCGGCCAGCCAGUGCAGGUGAGCGAAAGAGCGGGAACGCCUUCUACUGUGGCAUGUGGAGGAAAUGAAAUCGUCAUCUUUUCUCUCCACACAAACUCUGUGCUCUGCCAUAACCAGGGUCAUGUUCAUUAGGACAUGCAAUGGAAAAUGUUUAAAAUGUUUCGCAACAGAAAACGAAUAUGAGCGUUUCUUAACUCCAGGUAGUCCCUCCCUGUUUCAGUCCAUUUCGCACCAAAUGAACAAAACCAGUUUCAAAUCAAUGUUGUUCUGAAGCAAUGAAUCCAGAUGGCUUGGGACUAAAUAUACUUGUAUUUGAUUAUUUAUUAUUUAAAUAUUUACUUUCUGUAUAUUUUAGUAUUUUCAGAUAAUGUGGCUGAAAUCAACUAUUUCUAGUGGAAGUAUUUGAAAGUAUUUUGAAAUAACUUCUAUAAAUAGCUUAGUAUUUGAAAAUGUUUUCUAAUACUUUUUUUCCAUAUAAAUUAUUUCAAAUAGUCCUACGACCUGGGUUCAAAUGUAUGGGAGCAUUUAUUUGUAUUUUAAAAUGCAUGCCAAUACUUUACAAGUGUAUUUCCAAAUGCAUUCCAAUAUUCAACUACUUGUAGUUUCAAAUAGAAAAUAUCUGAAUACUUGUAAUGUAUGUGAAAGUAAUUGAAAUAAUAAUAAUAAACAUUUUAAUUCAGCGUCCUACUAGUAGGAGUGUUCAUAUUUUCCUUUGCUCAGCCAGUGUUCAUCAUUUCAACAGGUGCUAUGCUUGGAGGUGACCUGAACAACUCAAAUGGAGGAUGCCCAAGUCCAGUCCGUGAGUAACCUUAUGACAGACUACUCUACAAUACCACUGAUACUGACAAUACUACGCUCAUUGACAGUGAAUGUGUUAAGAAAUGGGUGUACUCAGUGAAAAAGGACAAAUUAAUCCAAUAUCUUAGGUGCUAGACAGAAAAAUGCCGGCACUCUGAUUUGCUCCCAAAACGAUUUGAGACUCUCAAAUGACCGAAAACGUUUCCAAAUGUCUCAAUAAAUAUCAGCAUAUUAGAAAUGUGGACAUUGCUUUUUUCAAGAAAAAAAACAUUUGAUGCUUGACACAUUGCCAAGAGCAAUCAUAUACUCCAUCCAGGUCCUUAGUAGUUCCUCUCCAUCUCCUCCUCUCCCUCCCUUCUCUGCCAUUACUGUCCCACUAUUACUGGGACUGCCCCGGAUCAUCUGGGAAUGUCACCAUUGACGUCAGCUGGCGUGCCUGGAAUCCCCAGCACUGCCUGGAUAGACACCGGCGCAAUGCGGGAGGGUGCCAGGUGGAGAGGGAGACCCAGAAGGUUCAGGUGUCAACCCUCCCUUUUGGGAGAAAUCAAAUCUAACCCCAGGCUUUUGGCGAGAGAGGGGGCCUAGUGUUAAGGCUGAAGCAUACAGUCCAGGGAUAGCUGAGAUUAUGAUGUAAAGACAUUUUGUCACGUGUCAUGUUGUGACAUGUCAACAUGUUUUUCUGUGUACUCUGAGUGUACUUUUUGCAGUGGAAUGUACACAUUUUCUCACAGCUCACAAGCCAUGCGAGCUGACUAUGGGCACUUUUUAAAAUCAAAACAUUGUUUGUCAUUGAGUCGUGUUGGGAGUACAUCAGGGGUGUCUGUUGUCCCCCGUCCAGUGGUGUAAUGCUAUUUAAUUAGAUUUUCUUUAGGUGUGGGAGCAAUUAAAAAAAAAAAAAAGAGUCAUAAUUUCUCAAGUUUGUACCGACAUACUGUAUGUAGCCUAUUGAAUAUCAUAUUAGAAUAUGCAUAAAAUACAUCCUCCAAUUGCAACGUCGGCCUAUGCCCACACAUAUUGUCUCAAGAAAAUGUAAUAUUUUGAAUAGAAAUAGGCCAUCACUGCAUCUGCAUGCCAACCAUUUGCUCUUAAUCAGUUUCAUGGGAAUAUGCAUUUAGAUCUGCUUGAAUAACUGUUUCGUGAGUGAAUUGGAGCAGAUGGUGUUAAUAAACUAUUAGUCUUUCUUGUAUUUGUUUUCAAUCCAAGCAUAGACUAUAUCCUGCCUAGUGGCGCAUGCUGUUGAGUUUUGGCCGCAUGAUAAUUUCUGGGGGACUAUUCAGCUUCAGUGAACUAACUAUCCUAAAAGCUCAUAAGAAAUGACUGAGAAAGUGUUUUUGGUAUAAAGUAAUAUACUGUAGGCUUACUAUGCUAUUAUAUUCGGUUCUAUUAUGUCAAAUACAGAUUAAUCAUUAGGUCUAUGUGAUCUUGCAAGACACUUGGACAGUAGGGCGAGUUCAUUAAUUGCGUCGUAGCCUACCUGAGCCCCAAGUCCAUAACAAACUGUUUUGAGGACAGCCAUUUUAGCAACCACUUGUAGGGUUUUCUGUCUGUGGCUGUUGUUAUGUUGGAUCUGGCCCGCUCUAAGUGGGCGCAGAGCGCUUCCAAGUUAGACAAGGAAAGAGCUUGCCACCCAGCACGUUCCUAAUACGUGCCCUGUUUUUGCCACUUGUUGCUGCAGUUUGGCAGUUCACUCAGCGAGCUGGUUACCUUUAGGCUGCUAUACAUAUUUAUUUGGUUUGUCAUUCUGUUGUUUUUCAUGGAAGUUUAGUGGUAAUUAAAUAUAUAUUAUUUCGAAUGUAUCGGAAUUUUCCAGAAAUAUUUUUUACCAGCUCCGUGUAUUCUCAAAUUGAAAAAAGUGAGGGAGUGUCGCUCUGGCAGCACUACAACCCUGCCUCAUCAACAUUUCCCUGUCAUAGUGAAGACAUUAUUAUAAUUAUGGAAUAAAUCAAUAAAUUAUCCCCUUGUGUUUCCUUGGUGAAUUCCAACACUGAAUCUUUAAAACCUGCAUCAUUCAGAUUAUCGCAUUACACAAAGACAGACUCUCCCUCAUCUAAUUUCCUCGGGGACCACGUAUAGUUGAAGGAUAAAUGAAAAAAUUGCUCUUUGCUGUAUGUCAUAUAUAAGCUCCUUUCAGAUCAGUGAUCAUCAAAGAAAAUACUUAACAUCUGUCAGAGGUUCCAUCUUCUAAAUACACUAAACAAUUCCUGCUGUGCCUAGGUGUUGAUUUACCUGCAUGUGUUUUGUCAUUUAUAUUUGGUUGUUCUCUCUUCCUUCCUUUUUCCCUUCCAGCUAACGGAUACAUCAGUGCCAGGGCCUCCCCGGGCCUCCUCUCAGUCUCCAACGGCAACAGCCUGGGGAAAGUAGUUCCGGCCAAGUCCCCACCCCCGCCUCAGAGCCCACAGAUGGUCAACAGCCGCAAGCCAGACCUCCGGGUAAUCACCACUCAGGGCGGGAAGAGCCUGAUGCAGAUGGUGAGCUCAACCAGGCCAAACUACUAACCAAGUUCAACAAGAACCAGGCCAAACCAGGUCUAACCAGGGCCAACCAGGCUUUUCCAGACUAAAUGGGACCUGUCAGUGUUUUGUCACCUUAUUAAUUGCACCAAAAUAAUAAUUUACGUGGGUUGUAACUGUUCCCCUUCUACAAACUUUGACACUUAUUAUGCACAUGGUCAAAUCAGUUUCAUAGCAAGAGUGAAAUCUAGUAUGGACAUGGGAGUUGCUUUUUUUUCUAGUUAAAGAUUUGUAUUUUAUAUUUGUGCCUCCACCAAAACCACCAGAUUGCCAAAACGCAACCUGUGCAAUCUAGAGUAAGUAAAGGUUAUAAAAAAGAUUGUAUUAUACACUAUAAUAUAUCUGUAAUAAAUUAUCAUUGACAAACAUGACCUUUUCCUCUCUGUUCACGGUCUUCUGUCCAGCAUGACCUUUAGUCAAAGGUAGGUCGAGACUAGAGAUGAAUGUAUUUGAGUUCAGAGAAAGGUCAGUGGUGUAAUUAUUUCCGCUCCCGCCCCUUUGCAGACAGAUGAUGAGUUGGAGAUGGUGAAUGAGGUGAAUUCUUCUCUCCUGUCACUCGCAUGUGUCGAUGACCGUUGACCAUCCCCCUCCAUUCACAUGGCCACAAGUGUGCAAUGCAACGCUCAUCAUUUAAACCCAAAGUAUAGAUGGUCUCGUUCUCUUUAGUCCAAUGGCCAGUGGUGGUAUGGUCAUGAGUUUAUGGUCACCACCUGACUGCAUGUGGUUUUAGGGUCGUGGUAAUGUGAUUCCAGCAUGAUUGCAUAUAGUUAUACAGCUAUGAUCAGUUGGUGUAUUUAAGGGGAAAUUAAAGAGGCUUUCAAGCAAUGCUAGCAUCUAUCAGUGGGAAUGUUAGCAGCAACCUUGGACGAUUUUCGCCACACACUUCACUUGGAUCAUCUUCAUUGUUUGUAGGCCCAUUUUCUUCCUUCAACCCUGACACCAUUGGGUAGCAUGAUGGGUGUCAUGUCACUUGGCAGUUUGUUGCCACCACCGCCACCACCUUGCAGCACGUUCCCUGUCCAUCUGGAAACUGCAUGGGGUUACCCAAACAAUGAAUGGCAUACAUUUAAAGGGAUAGUUCACUUUUUGAAGUUAGCUUAUUUCCAGCUAAAAUUAAGUGAACUAUACCUUUAAGGCUCGCUGGCGUUCACCUGGCAAUGCCACCACUACUAUUAUGUGUGUUGAUGCAUGAUGUCACAAGAUGUCUCCCGACACCACCUCCACCUAGUACGAGAUACAUUUUGAAAGACGUAGCUUGUCAUGAAUCCAACCGUAUUGACACUUGAGCAUGUCAAAAGUUCCAUUCAUUGAAUACACAGGGGUUUUAAACAUGUCUCUCAAUUCUGUCCAACACCAAGGUUUAAAUUAUUUGUUUAUUUGGUCUAACAUUCUCCCUCUCAUCUCCUUUCUUCCCAGAAUGCCCAGCGUUUGGCCGGUGCACAGGUGGCUCAGACGCUCACCACACCGGUGGUCUCCGUGACAACACCCAGCAUCCUGGCGCAGGGGCUGCCCUUCUCCGCCAUGCCGACAGCUUAUAACACAGGUUACCUGAAGAUGGCUACAAAUGCUUAUACAUGCUUGCAUUGUAUAUACCAGUGGAGGCUGCUGAGGGGAGGACGGCUCAUUAUAAUGGCUGGAAUGGAGUCAAUGGAGUGGUAUCAAACACGUGGUCCAUGUGGUUGAUACCAUUCCAUUUGCUCCGUUCCAGCAAUUAUUGUGAGCCUCCUCCCCUCUGCAGCCUCCACUGGUAUAUACUGCACACUCACUGUAGGUCAGGAUUGCACAACUCUGUGCACAGUCCUUCUGGUUUUCAUUUCUCCCUGACACUUGAUGUUACUGAAAAUCAGUAUUUUCAGAGUAACAACCAGCUGCAAAAUGCACCAUAGCUGCACUGGUGUGUAGAGUUUUAGAGUUCCUAUAUACAGUAGAUUAAGUUUGAUUAAUUAAAAAAUUACAGCACAUGAAAUGAAUGUGCAACAAUUUUCCCUCUGUUUUUCGCUUCCCUCAGAAUACCAGCUGACGAGCGCUGACAUCACUGCUCUCCACGCCCUGGCGUCACCAGGCGGCCUGCUGCAAGGCAACGUGUCAUGGCAACAGCAACAGUCUUUAUCCCAGCAGCAGCAACAACAUCAACAGCAACAACUCAGUCUGGCGUCGCUUAGCAACUUGGUGUAAGUCCAUCUUUGCAUUGCCACAUCACAAAGCAACCAUGAAGCCCUCCUCAGUUCUCUACAAACCAAUCGACGACUGUCGACCUGUCCAUCAAAACACUAUGCGACUGACCAUUCCUGUCAUGUAGCAUAGUGUCCCCAUGUCAUUUGUAGCUGCAAGCAAUUCACAUUCAUUGGAUGGGGUCUGUGAAUUGGUCUCACCGACAUACGCCACCACAGAUCUCAUCUUAAAGCACCAUCGUUUUGUUUUUUUAGGGAUUGUGACUUCAUACAGGAUUUGAUUGAAGUUUAUAUACCAAUCAAAUACCUAAUUGUCUUAGGUCAGAUCCCAACUUUACACAUUUUAUUACGUUACAGUCUUAUUCUAAAAUUGAUUAAAUAAAUACAAAAUCAUCAUCAAUCUACACACAAUACCCCAUAAUGACAAAGCGAAAACAGGAUUGUAGAAAUUUUAAAUGUAUAUAAAAAAUAAAAAAAACGUAUUUACAUAAGUAUUCAGACCCUUCGCUAUGAGUCUUGAAAUUGAGCUCAGGUGAAUCCUGUUUCCAUUGAUUAUCCUUGAGAUGUUUCUACAACUUGAUUGGAGUCCACCUGUGGUAAAUUCAAUUGACUGGACAUGAUUUGUCAUUAGGGCGGCAGGUAGCUUAGUGGUUAAGAGCGUUGUACCAGUAACCGAAAGGUCGCUGGUUCUAAUCCCCAAGCCGACUAGGUGAAAAAUCUGUCGAUGUGCCCUUGAGCAAGGCACUUAACCCUAAUUGCUCCUGUAAGUCGCUCUGGAUAAGAGCGUCUGCUAAAUGACCAAUUGAUUUAUUAUUAUUAUUUGGAAAGGCACAAACCUGUCUAUAUAAUGUCCGAGCAAAAACCAAGCCAUGAGGUCGAAGGAUUUGUCCGUAGAGCUCCGAGACAGGAUUGUGUCGAGACACAGAUCUGGGGAAGGCUUCCAAAACAUUUCUGCAGCAUAUUAAGGUCCCCAAUAACACAGUGGCCUCCAUCAUUCUUAAAUGGAAGAAGUUUGGAACCACCAAGACUCUUCCUAGAGCUGGCCGCCCGGCCAAACUAAGAAAUCGGGGGAGAAGGGCCUUGGUCAGGGAGGUGACCAAGAACCCGAUGGUCACUCUGACAGAGCUCCAGAGUUCCUCUGUGGAGAUGGAAGAACCUUCAAGAAGGACAACCAUCUCUGCAGUACUCCACCAAUCAGGCGUUUAUGGUAGUGGCCAGACUGAAGCCACUCCUCAGUAAAAGGCACAUGACCGCCCGUUUGAAGUUUGCCUAAAGGCUCUCAGACCAUGGAAAAACAAGAUUCUCUGGUCUGAUGAAACCAAGAUUGAACUCUUUGGCCUGAAUGCCAAGCAUCAUGCUGUGGGGAUGUUUUUCAGCGGCAGGGACUGUGAGACUAAUCAGGAUCGAGGGAAAGAUGAACGGAGCAAAGUACAGAGAUCCUUGAUGAAAACCUGCUCCAGAGCGCUCAGGACCUCAGAUUGGGGCGAAGGUUCACUUUCCAACAGGACAAUGACCCUAAGCACACAGCCAAGACAACGCAGGAAUGGCUUCGGGACAAGUCUCUGAAAGUCCUUGAGUGGCCCAGCCAGAGCCUGGACUUGAACCCGAUCAAACAUCUCUGGAGAGACCUGAAAAUAGCUGUGCAGCAACGCUCCCCAUCCAACUUGACAGAGCUUGAGAGGAUCUGCAGAGAAGAAUGGGAGAAACUCUCCAAAUACAGGUGUGCCAAGCUUGUAGCAUCAUACCCAAGAAGACUCCAGGCUGUAAUCGCUGCCAAAGGUGCUUCAACAAAGUACUGAGUAAAGGGUCUGAAUACUUAUGUAAACUUGAUAUUUCCAUUUUUAAUUUGUUAUAACUUUGCAAAAAUGUAUACAAUCCUGGAUUUGCUUUGUCAUUAUGUGGUAUUAUGUGUAGAUUAAUGAGGGGGAAAAAAACAAUUUAAUCCAUUUUAGAAUAAGGCUGUAACCAAACAAAAUGUGGAAAAAGUCAAAGGGUCUGAAAACAUUCCGAAUGCACUGUAUUCCUUUCCUCACAUGGCGCACCAAUAUGGACUGUCAUAUUAUGCUGCAUUCUUACUCCACACACAGCUUUACGAUGGCAGCACACAGGAUAGCAUAGUUGCUUAGAACCUGCAAAGCUGUUAACCGGCGAUUCUUCAAGGCCUGAAGGAGAGAAGUCACUGUUUGUCCCAAACAGCAGAGGUCAAAGUUCAAAAUGGAUCCCACUAUUAGCACCAAUACCCAGCCCAGCCAAAUCCUCAGGUGGUCAACUGACCCAAAUUGUAGAGGUCAAAGGUCAAAAUGGCCACUGCGCACACACACUCAGCCUCAGUACCCUGUGUGACUGAGUGUGUUCUCUCCUCUUGUCCACAGCAUGUGGGGCAUGGACAAACAGAGCGGGGAGCUGUCUAGCCAGAUCUCCAGUCUGGCGGCCAAUCUGAGGUGAAUGUCUUAGUUUGUGUUUAGUGUACCUUCGGGUGGAUGGGGACUGUUCUCUAUUCUAUGUUUUCACACAACCCCUUUUCAGAACAAUGUUAUUCAGGACAAUGUCAAUUAUACUGUACUUACAAACACACGUAAAGUCUGUUAUAAUAAAGGGAGGGAGUUGUCUUUUCCAGAGGGUGACAUAUUAGCAUUAACCGGAGGGAGGGAGGGGGGGGGCACAAAGGACUGUCCAACAUUGAAUCGAUUGAAUCCGGCAACAGACUGUCCAGAGACCACUUAUGAAAUUCAUGAAAUGUAAUUUACCGCUCCUGAAAAUGUGAUGGUCACAGCAUUCUUAUUUUUGAUGCUUCUUCUAUAUUGGAAGAAAUGGGAUUGGGCCCAACUUCAAUCUAUUUAUGAUCUCUCCAUAAAUGUAUUAUAUCCAUCUAUGCUUGUUUAAAUUGCUGUAUAGAUGGAUAGGUAGAUUGAUGAAUACUCAUAUAAACCUUCUUUCACGUACAUAGCUACAUACUGUCAUUUUCUUUUGCAAGUGUUCCAAUGUUUCUUUUUCCCCACAGCACCUCGCAGUCCAACCUCCUCUUGGGUAGAGAUGAGUGGUUGGGCCGGUACUGUAUUUCUCCGUACUGUGUAAUGUCUGUGCGCUUUUGGCUGCCCCGGCAUGUCAAUUCUGCGGUUGUGAUUUCCACCUUUUCUUAAACGUGUAAGGUUGAACAAUUCCUGAAACAUUACCAAAGUUUCCAGGUUUUUCAGAAAUUCCGGAACCGGGUAUCUUCCAACCAGAAUUUCUGCAAAACCCAGUUUCUGGAUAAUUAUUUUUCCAUAGCUGCCACGAUCCCUUGCCCAAAUCACCCCGCUUCAUACACAAGCGAUUUCAUGCUUUUCAAAUACUGUCGGCCUGUUUUUGUAUGGAUUUUGGGAGCUUGAGGGUUACUUUUGCUUGUCAAUUGCUUGGAAUGGAUUUGAUUCAAAUGGUGUUGCUACCACUACACCUUGUUGGUGCUCUGUCUUGUAAUAAGGGGUUGUGUCCGAAACUUCACAUCAGAAACCUGUCACUAUGCUUGUAUUGCAAUACAUUGUAAUUGAUUGUCAAGUGAAACUGACUCUCACCCAUCCUCGGUCUUCCUUCUCUUUCUUAAUUUCCAUCUCUGUGCUGUGGCUCCUACUCUUUCUCCAUGUUUCCCCUCCCAUCUCCUGCACUUCUCUCUCCCUCUCUCUCUGACGCUCAGGCCGGUGGGCCACAUACCUCAGGGCGCCAUGCUGACUGUCAACACCAACUCCAACGUGAGCAUCAAGUCUGAACCCAUCUCACCUGGCCGAGAUCGCCGCUCACCGUGCCCCCCUCCGUCCUCCUCUGGAGGGGGCAUCCAUACGGCUGUGCCCCCGCCACAGUACCCAGGUUCCCUGCUGUGCCUGGAGCCACCAACCGGCCGUUCCCCCGCCGACAGCCUCAGCAGCAAUGGCAGCUCCUACGAGGGCAAUGACCGUGACGACCCUGGGGCAGGUGGCGGAGGCAUCGGCGGAAGUGCAGCGGACAACCGUGGGCGUUCCCUACCUCCUGACUUCAGCCCCUCGGUGGAGCUUCUGCGGGCCCAGAAUGAGGUGGAGCAGGAGGGGGCCAACAUCAAACGCAUGAGACUCGAC